AUGGACGAUUCCUUAAUAUCCAAGAGCGAUUCUCCAAAAGACCGUGUGCAGUACUCCAAGCCUGGAAUUCUCUCACAGCUCAUGUUCAGCUGGGUCACACCUCUAACUAAGAUCGGACAACAAGGGAAAUUAGAGAUAUCUUCUCUAGGCAGUCUUCCUCAUGAACUUUCUGCUAAGCAAAAUCAUGAGAAAUUCCAAGCAGUGUGGGAUAGUGACAAAGCUGAGUACACUAGAGGUUAUUCUAAGGUUCUCAAAUGCAUAGUCAAGAUAUACAGGAAAGAGAUCUGUCUUAGCCUCGUCUUCAAUUUCAUCCACAUGUUCUUUAAAAUGGGUUGCCCCAUUCUGAUUAAGUUAGUUGUGGACUAUAUGAAAAAUCCAGUUGAAGAUGAUGGCGGUCUUUACUAUGGCCUCGCUCUCGUAUUUGGAUACAUAGCAGUAGAUGUCCUCGGAUUUAUACUAGAGGAACAAGCCUGAUUCUACCAAAUGAUUUUAGGUGUCAAAUCAAGGAGUGCAAUUUUAUCGAUGAUUUACUCCAAAACAUUGAAAAUCAGCCAUACUGCGAACAAAGGAUUUAAUCAAGGAGAGAUUGUAAACUUCAUUGAUUUAGACUCCGAUAAGAUUAUCACCCUGAUGUGGAUAUUUCCCCAAGUAGCAAAACUACCAAUGGCAUUAUUCUUUGCCUGGGGUCUUCUGAUUUAUUUCUUUGGAGUGUCGAUGGUAGGAUCUAUCUUUAUCGGAGCAUUCAUGUUUCUGGUAAAUUAUCUUCUUGCCUUCUGGAAUGCAUCUAUACAGAAGAGGAUCCUCACUAAGAAAGAUGCCAGGAUGCAGUACACAACUGAAAGCAUUAAUAACAUUAGAGCAGUAAAGCUUGGGUUGAUUUACAAAUAUUUCUUUUAAUAAAAUCCAACAAGCUAGAAAAGAAGAGGUGUUUCUCUUGAAGAUCAAAUUCUUUAUUGAGGCUUUAGAGCUAUUCUGCUUAGUUCUGACCUCUCCUCUUCUGAUUCUCUCAGUAUUUUCAAUCAUGUUCUGGCUUGGUAAAGAUCUAGAACUCUCGAUAGCCUUUGUUGGGAUACAGAUGUUCAGUAAUCUUCAGCAUCCUCUUGAGUUCAUUCCCCAAUUUGUAAAAACGAUCAUUGAGUUUAAUUUAUCAAUGGAAAGAAUAUAUAAGUACCUAAACUCUGAGGAGAGUUCACCUCUAGCAAUAACUUACAAAUCAGAAGAAAAACCAGCUAUAACUUUAAAAAAUUGUAGUUUCGCAUGGGAUAAACCAGGAAAUCAAUCAAAGCAAAGUUCUUCAGGCUCUGAAGAAGACAAAAAUAUUGAAAUGGAACCUCUGAACAAAUCUGUCACUGUUGAUCAGAGAAAUAAAAAGUUCAGGCUCUCCAACAUCUCGUUUGAGAUCUUCAGAUCAGAGCUGAUCUGAAUCAUCGGAGAGGUCGGAAGUGGGAAAUCCUCCCUCCUCAGUGCUAUUCUUGGAGAAAUGUGGGAAAUAGAGAACAAAGAUCUUUCAGAAUUUUCAGAUCAAAUCCAAAGCAAUCCUUCCAUGAAAGCUAACCAGCAAGUUCUUGAAAUCUCUGGAAGUAUCAGCUAUGUCCAGCAAAACCCCUGGAUUCAGAACAAGACCAUUAAGGAUAACAUCUGAGGACUAACUGAUGAGAUCUAUGAGGAAGAAUUUAAGAGGAAUAGCCAAGAAUAUGAUGAAGUUGUCAAAAUAUGUCAGCUACUCCCUGAUUUGGAUAUUCUCCCAUCGAGAGAUCACACGGAGAUUGGAGAGAAAGGAAUCAAUCUUAGUGGUGGCCAGAAAGCAAGGAUAAGCAUAGCGAGAGCUAUUUAUGCAAAUAAAGAUAUUGUGUUGCUAGAUGAUCCACUUUCUGCAUUAGACUCAACAGUGAAGGGGGAAAUACUUGACAAAGUAAUCCUGACUAAACUCAGAGAGAAAACAAGAAUCCUAGUUACUCAUGAUGUAUCUGUUCUACCAAAAGCUGAUAGAAUCAUCGUUAUGGAUAAAGGUGAAAUUAAAUAUUUCGGUUCUUUUUCUGACUUAAAAGAGACCACAGAUUUUCAUUAUAUCAAUGAAAUCUUAGCCAAAGCUGAAGAAGAAAAAGAAUCUGAAAAGACUUCUCAAGAUGAAGACAUACCUUUAGAAUUUGAAAAGGAUAAGGAAAUCAUAAAAGAUAAAUUGAUGAAGGACGAAAAUGAAGAGACUAUAGAGUCUGGUUGGAGUAUCCACAGCCACUUUUUCUUUAGUGAAUGUAGUUGGGUUAUUUAUCUCAUCCUGAUCCCCAUAUUUGUGGGAAAAGCAUAUUUCAUGAUUUAUUCAACUUACUACCAAGCGAAGUGGGUUGAGGAUCAUGAGCAAAGUCCUCCAGGCCAAGAAAACGACAAAUAUUGGUUCUAUUUUACAAUGUGAUUAAUCUAUCCUGUUUCUUAUUGAGUUAUUUUCUUUGUGAAAUAUCUCUUGAUAACACUUACAUCAGUAAAUAAGACAAAGAGGAUACAUAAGAAGAUGAUCAAGAGAGUGCUAAAUGCCCCUAUAAACUUAUACUUUGAUACUACUCCUUCGGGUUUAAUUCUAAACAGAUUCUCUAAUGAUAUGUCAGCAAUUGACAAGCAGUUACCUGAUAAUGUGUCUUCACUUUUAUCCCUAAUUACUUGAGCUGCCUUCACGAUUUACAUCGCAGCAAUGAAUACAAUAUAUGUUCUAUUUUUAGUCCCUGCAAUAUUACUAGCCUGUUACCUGCUAGUAAAAUACUAUAUGCAUACUUACAGAGAGGUUUCAAGGCUCGAAUCAAUAACUUCUUCUCCAAGGAUCACCAACCUGAGUGAAACUUUGACUGGAGUUUCAACAAUUAAAGCUUUCCAGAGAGAAGCUGCUUUUAUGAAUCUGAACUAUUCUCUACUGAACAACCAUGCAAAAGCUCAUUUUUGGCAAAUAUCGAUGAACAGCUGGGUAGGAAUCAGGACCGAAUUCUUAUCAAUGGGAAUCCUGAUUUUCACCUCUGUCUUCUGUGUUGUAUACAAAUCAUACACUGAUCCAAUCUGGGUUGGAAUCCUCUUUUCUCAUUUUCUCUGGAUGACUGCAGAUAUUCUGUAUGCAAUCAGAUGAUUUACCGAACUUGAAAGUGACUUUGUGAAUUAUGAAAGAUGCUUGAAUAUGCUAGAAAUUUGUCAAGAGAAAGAUCAUGCAUCUGAGCCCCUUCAGAGAAAUUUUGUUGUUGACCAAGCCAGUAUUGAAUUCCAAAACUAUAGCGUUAAAUAUCGUCCUGACACAGAACUAGUGCUGAAGAACCUUAAUUUCAAGAUUUAUCCCAAGGAGAAAGUAGGAAUCAUAGGAAGGACAGGAGCAGGAAAAUCAACUAUCUGACUUUCACUCUGCAGAAUAAUAGAAGCAUAUUCUGGUAGAAUCCUGGUUGAUGGUCAAGACAUUUCCAAAAUCUCUUUGAAUGAUCUUAGAGCCAAUAUAGCUGUCAUUUCUCAAGAUCCAUCACUUUUCAUAGGCACUCUAAAAUUCAAUAUUGAUCCUGAAGGAAAAAUCAGAGAUGGAGAGAUGAAUGAGGCGAUCAAUAAUUGUUCUCUUCAAGAUCUUGUGAAUAGAGAUAGUCUGGGCUUAGACCAAACCAUUGAAGAAUCUGGGAAGAAUUUAUCAGCAGGAGAGAAGCAAUUAAUUUGAAUUUGUCGUGCUGUUUUGAAGAAGUCUAAAAUUAUCAUCAUGGAUGAAGCAACUGCAAACAUAGAUGUUAAGACUGAAUCUGCUAUUCAGCGUGCUAUGGCUUUAUAUUUCGAGAACCUUACUGUGAUCACGAUUGCUCACAGACUAAGCACUAUACAGAAAUGAGAUAAGAUUCUUGUGCUUGAGUCAGGUUCUUUAGUAGAAUACGAAAGCCCUCAAGUUCUCCUAAAAAAUCCAGAUUCCUAUUUCUCAAAAAUCUUGAAUAGCUAA